CGGAGCAUUCAAAGCAUUUUAAGACUGUUAAAGGCAAAAUGCUAAAUACAAAUUCAUUCGCAAAGGUGCUCAUAUUCAUCUGUUUGGUGGCUGAAGUCAUACCGCAGGAAAAUGACUCGGCAGUAGUGCGACCAAGCCCACGUAUUGUCAAUGGUGCAUUUGCGGCCAGAGGUCAAUUCCCCUACCAGGUAUCGGUGCGUGUUAAUGGUGAACAUUCUUGUGGUGGUGCGUUGAUCUCUCAAAAUUAUGUCGUCACAGCAGCACAUUGCGUAUCCAGUAUUCCAGCCGAUUUUCUACAGGUUCAAGCUGGUUCUCUUAAUCGCUCUACAUCCGGUUGUACCAUACAAGUAGAGCGUGUAAUUUCCUAUCCCUACUAUAAUUUCGAUAACGACAUUGCGCUGCUCAAAUUGGAGCAGAAAAUUAAUUACACCGCUGAAAUUCAACCAAUAGGCUUGGCUGCUCGAGAAGUGGCAAUUGGUGAGCAGGUUACCAUUUCUGGUUGGGGUCGCACAAGUGAUGGUGGUCCAUUCUCAGAAACUUUAAAAUAUAGCCGCUCGCUGACAACUUUGAGCAAUGAACAGUGUACCCGUGAAUCUGGUCCGUUGAGCUAUGGCGUUCUGUGUCUUGCUAAACAGAGUUAUAAUAAAGGCUUCUGUGAUGGUGAUGAUGGUGGUCCGGCUGUGUACAGGGGUGUGCUGAUUGGCAUUGCCAGUUAUAAUACCAAUGGUUGCGGUUCUUCUAAGCCAGAUGGUUAUACCAAGGUGUCUUACUACAGGAGUUGGUUGAUUCAAAACUCGGAUUUAGGUGAAACAACUGCUGGCUAAAAAAAAAAGUUGGAAUAUCUUAAUUGAGGCUUUAAAGCAUAAAUAAAAAUAAUACAAAUUUCUGUAAAGCAUUUCAAA